AUGGUAACCACGGCCUUGGCUGUGGUUUCCUUCCACCUUAGCAAGCACAAAGCACCACUACAUAUGGUUAUGAGAGGAGACUUCAUUGUGUUCUUCAAUAAGAUAUUUGGUGCUUUAUGUAAGCUUUCAGCAGACUCAGAUCCCAAUGUACAAAGUGUAGCUCGUCUGUUAGAUAAACUCGUUAAGAGUCUGACUAAUUCAGGUGAUCAUCUUUCAUUUUUUGAGCAUAUGAAUGUGUUGAAUCCUUAUGUUCGCCAAUUUUUGGUUGGAUGGAUCAAUGUGUUGGACAGUGUUCCAGAGAUAGACAUACUCAGUUUUCUUCCUGAUUUUCUUGAUGAUAAACGAGUUUGGAAAACUUGGGGUGAUCAAUUGACAAGCACCUUUAAGACAACACAUGGUGAUAUAGUGAUGGAAGAAAAUGCACAUGGUGAUGAUGUAAAUCAAAGUAAUGAAAAAGAUGCAGAUGCUUUAGAGGAUGGAAAUGAACUUGUAGGAGUUGUCUCUGAUGAGAAUUUAUUGGAACUUCUGGAGUUAGCAAUGUCAUCAAACACAACUAAAAUUGUGAAAAGAGCCAGAGAACUGAUGGAAUUGGUAGUUUACCCUAUGGUACUCAUGUCUCAAAUGGCCACACUUAUUAUGGACAUUAUUGCUGGAACAUAA